AUGUCGACCCGCGCUAGCAAGCGUCAAAAGACCGACUCAGAGUCCGAGCCGUACCGUCUCAUCUACUGGCCCGGCCUUCCGGGGCGCGGCGAACACAUCCGCCUCGCGUUCGAGGCGACCGGGACGCCGUACGUCGACGUGAGCAACGCGACCUCGGAAGGCGUAAAAGCCGUGCUCGGGCAGAUCGACACUCAGAACCAAGGCGACGAACGCAACCCACCGCCGCUCGCGCCUCCGGUUCUCGAGCACGGCGACCUGCGCAUCUCCCAGACGCCCAACAUCCUGCUUUACCUCGGCGGACGGCUCGGGCUCGCCCCGUCACCCGACCAGGACCUCCAUGGCUACCACCACGUCAACGCACUCACUCUGACGGUGCUGGAUGGUCUGUCCAAUGAGCCGCACGAUGUCCACCACCCCGUCGCCACCGGCCUGUACUACGAGGACCAAAAGGACGAGGCGCUCCGCAAGGCCAAGGACUACCGCGAGACCCGACUGCCCAAAUUUCUCGACUACUUCAACCGUGUCCUCUCGGGCCCCGCGAGCGGCGGCGGAGAGUACCUGUACGGCAACAAGCUCACGUACGCGGACCUGGUGCUGUUCCAAGCCCUGGACGGCGUGUCGCAUGCCUUCCCCAAGCGGGUCGCGAACCUCAGGGAGACGGGCGACUACGACAAAGUAUUUGCCCUCUAUGACCGCGUCAAGGCGCUCGAAAAGGUCAAGGCCUAUCUCGAAAGUGACCGGAGACAAAAGUAUGGUAUGGGCAUUUAUCGACAUUAUCCUGAGUUGGAUGAAUGA